CUUCGACUCGUGCGGUGCACGUUUUUUCAUUGGUGGCUCAUCGAUUUGUCUUUCCACGACCCUCGAAAACCUAUUAUCGCAUGCCUAAAUGAUACUCUAGCGGAUCAGAACCUGUUGACAAGGGGAUCUACAUAUAAUGGCGUCAUCUACAAUCUCUUUUCAUUACAAUCAUGCCCCAGCAAAGAGCUCUUGUUCUUCAGUCCAGGCAAGCGCAGUUCACACUCGAGGCGCGCCCGAUCCCGACUGUCGGCAGGGGACAGCUCCUGGUUAAGGUUCUCGCCGCUGGAUUGAAUCCCGUCGAUUGGAAGAUACAGACUUAUGGCGCGUUUGUGAAUAACUACCCGGCCGUUCUUGGUACCGAUAUCGCUGGAGAGAUCGUAGACAUUGGCGAGGAUGUCAUCGGGUGGUCGAAGGGCGACAGAGUUGUUUAUCAAGGGUCAUAUUUCGAAAACGACGGAGCUGGGUUCCAGCAAUACUCUUUAAUCGCCGCAGAUUUUGUCGCCAAAAUUCCGGAGAAAAUGUCCACUGAUGAGGCGGCAACAAUAAGCGUGGCAUUUGCGGCGGCAUGUAUGGGCCUUUUUGCUGAGGCACCGAUUGGUCUUGGGCUCAAUCCUCAUUUUUCGUGGGAGCCCAAGUUCACGGGGAAAACUACCGUUGUCAUCGGUGGAAGCACAUCCGUUGGACAGUAUGCCAUCCAAUUGCUCAAAUUCGUGGGCUUCUCCAAGAUCAUAACGUAUGCUUCUGCGCGUCAUUUCGACUACUUAGCUACCCUCGGGAUAACGGACAUCAUCGACCGGGGAACGACACCUCUGAACCAACUUCCCCUGGCGGUGAAAAAACUCACUUCCGAUCCGUUGUUCGUGGUCUUCGAUGCACUUGGGUUUCCAGAAGCCCAGCAAGCUGGCUACGACAUGUUGGCAGAAGGAGGUCAGGUCAUGACCAUUAACAACGACCAAAGACCCCAGAAAUCAGAAAUUGAUGGAAAGAUAUUCAGGGAUGUUCUGGCCACGGUUCAUCUACCUGCACAGUCUGACUUCGGAAAACGAAUGUUCCGAAGUUUGGGUAAAUUCAUAGACAAGGGGGUUAUCAGGCCGAAUCGCUUAGAGGUAUUGCCUAAUGGUCUCUUGGGUAUCGUAGCCGGAUUGGACAGGCUGAAGAACAAUCAGGUCAGUGCUGUAAAGCUGGUCGCACAUCCCCAGGAUACAGAGUGAAUGGGGAAAGGAACGUAGAAUUAGAGAUAUGU